GAGGCAGCAGAAGCAGCAUGGGAGAGCUUCGCGUCCGCUCCGUGCUGGUGACCGGCGCCAACCGCGGCAUCGGCCUGGGGCUGGUGCAGCACUUCCUGGCCAUGCCAAGCCCACCCAAGUGGGUCUUUGCGGGGUGCCGGGAGCCCAAGGGGCAGCGAGCGCAGGAGCUGCAGAACUUGGCCUCCAAGCACCCCAACCUGGUCGUCGUCCCUCUUGAAGUCUCCGACCCUGCCAGCAUCAAGGCAGCUGCAGGCACAGUCGAGAAGCUCCUGGGGGGCUCGGGGCUGAACCUCCUCAUCAACAACGCUGGAGCUGUCACGAUUAGCUCACUUGAAAAUGAGACCCUGGAGUCCAUGAGGCAGCUUUACACCAUCAACACCAUCGGGCCCAUGCUGCUGGGCCAGGCAUUCCUGCCCAUGCUGAAGAAAGCUGCCCAGGAGAGCCCAGGCACCGGGAUGAGCUGCAGCAGGGCAGCCAUUGUCAACAUGUCCAGCAUUGCAGGCUCCAUUGUGGAGAUGUACGCCUGGGAUUAUGGACAGGUCACCUCCUACCGCUGCAGCAAGGCUGCCCUCAACAUGCUGACCAAGUGUCAGUCCCUGGGGUACCGUGAGCACGGCAUCCUCUGCGUGGCUCUGCACCCUGGCUGGGUGCAAACCGACAUGGGCAGCGGACGAUCACGAACGGACCUUCAGGUGCAGAGGCAGGAUGCUGUGCAGUCUCAGCACGAUGUCACGCUGACCACACAGGCCGAUCGCGUGCAGACAGUCCAGGGUCUGCUCUUGCCCCCCUUGACAGUGGACACCAGCGUGCGAGGGAUGCUGAAGGUGCUCUCCUCCCUCUCCGAGAAGGACACUGACACCUUCCUGGACUGGGAAGGGAAGGUGGUACCCUGGUGAGAUGCCAGCC